GGUUUUGGACCAAAUGUUUGAGUGUUUUAACCACGGAAACGCUCAGAAGUCAGUUAUUUGAUUGUUUGGUUACGUUGGAGGUACGACAGGUGAAGUCAGAGUCACUUCGUUGCGUUGGCUUUACGUUACAUUUGAUGUUUAGUCGGAAAUGCAAAGCACUUUGUUAGCUAUUGUUGCUACAUUGGUGGCAAUUAAGACACAUUUCCUAACGUUAGAUGUAUUUGUUGGACUCAAACAUUGGGAUUUAGCGUUUGCUUUGACAGCGUAUUGUCUGGUGUCAUCACGUGAAGAUGUCUUCAUUAGUGGCUUACGAAGAUUCAGAAUCAGAGGAUGAUUGUCUCGGUCAAACGGAGGCGGUAACACCAGCUUCUAUCCAAACUGGAUCUUGUGGACCAAACCAGGAAGUCAGGGUGUGUAACUCCUCUGAGAUAAUACCAAGCCCUCACAGCUUUACACCUGACCCCGACAGGUCAGUGUUGGACUCUCAUGGACACGUCUUAGAAAGAAGCAGGUCUUUACUACACCCACAUUCACAACCAGUGAGCUGUUUUGACCGGCAAAGCAAAUAUUGUCGUGGCGGGAAAGCACAAGAAAAGCAUUUAAGAGAUACUGCAGCUCCUCUGGGUUUACCUGAGACUCAGGGGAAGAUCUCACCAUUCCAGACUCUUCCUCCCACGCCACAAGGUUUCGGUGAUGGGUUGAACCCAGCAAAAAGAAAUCACACUGUCCGCUCUGGUGUCAGACCGUACAUCCCAAAGAGACAGAGACUUGCCACUUCAGUAGAGACAGUGGACCCAAACUACCCAGCCGAGCAAGUCCCAGGGAAUCUGACCAGGGAAAGCCAGAUUCUUUCAGAUGUGUCGGCGAGAAUAAAGCCGUAUCUUGCUCACAAGCCCGGCUCUUCAGGGAUACCGAGGAAGCUUCUGAUGACCCUAGGAGGCCAUCAGGGUCCAGUCAACACAGUGCAAUGGUGUCCUGUGCCUCAUCUCAGUCAUCUGCUGCUGUCUGCCUCCAUGGACAAGACCUUCAAGGUGUGGGAUGGAGCAGAGAGUGGGCGAUGCCUGAGGGUCUACACCUGCCAUUCGGGAGCUGUGCGUGAUGCCUGUUGGACCCCCUGCGGGCGGCAUCUUCUCUCUGGCUCCUUUGACAACAUGGCUGUGAUCACAGACGUAGAGACAGGUCAGCAGGUGGUGAAAUUGGACAACCAGUUCAAAGUGAUGUGUGUGGCCCCGCAUCCCAGCAACCCAGAGAUAUUCCUGUGCGGUGGUCACAGUUCAGCGGUCAAGGCCUGGGACUCCCGCAGCUGCAAGGUGGUGAAAGUGUACAAAGCAGGCAUCCAGCAGACCCUGGACAUCCUGUUUCUGAGAGAUGGUGUUGACUUCAUAACAAGCUCCGACUGCGUGAGCAGAGACUCUGCCGACCGCACACUCAUCGCCUGGGACUACCAGACCACAGCCAAGGUCUCUAACCAGAUCUACCAGGAGCGAUUCACGUGCCCCAGCCUGGCUCUCCACCCACUGGAGGAGUCCUUUGUUGCCCAGACUAACGGGGACUACAUGGCCGUGUUCUCCUCCCAGCAGCCCUAUAGAAUGAACAAGAGGCGGCGAUACGAAGGACACAAGGUUGAGGGCUACUCGGUGCAGUGUGAGUUUUCUCUGGAUGGAACCAUCCUGGCCUCAGGAAGCUCCACCGGCUCCGCUCACUUCUACGAUUACCACAAUGCUCGUAUUUUGCACACUCUCCGCGCACACAGCCAGCCGUGCCUGUGUGUCUCUCAGCAUCCCGUCCUGCCUGCGACGGCUGCCACCUGCGACUGGGCCGGUGAGAUCAAGGUCUGGCACUAAGGACUGUGAAUGAACAAGUGAACAUGGGCUGAAAAAAAACAAGUGACGGUUAUAGUGAACUGAAACCUUGUGUGCACAUCUAUCUUCAAGACUUUAUCACCCAAAAGCUCUUGGCGUAAGAUGAUAAGAACUUGGCAAAAAAACUAUUUUUGUUGUAAAUGUUAUUGUGAGCAUGUUCUUGUUAUUUGUUCCAUUGUUUUAACUUCCUGACAUCAGGGAAAGAUAAAGUGCGUGAGAUAAAUGGAAGUAUGAUUACAAUUCAAAGAGUGAACUAUUGUGACGUUUUAGGUGGUAAGAAAGCAGACUAAGUGCACA